AUGAUUUUUUAAAUGGUUGUAUGAUUCUUGGAGUAUUCAUCCAGAAUAGUUUCAUCCACAUGAAAAAUUAAACAGGUCAGGAGAGUAAAGAGGAGGGGAGAGAAUUUGCAAAUAUUCAUUUGAAAUAAGCAGUAGUCUGAGUCUGAAACCAUCCCCUUCCAACAGGAAAGGGUGUUUUAAAGUACCUGCCCCAUCACAUUAAUAGGUGUGCAGAUGGGAGACUUCAACAGAACUACUUGGAGAUUUCACUAAUUGCAUAUUUUAGUUGGGAGUACACAGAGUGAACCAGGGGCAGAAAAACCAGGAAAUUCUGGGGGAUGAGAAAAGUGCCAAUAGCUUCUAUAGUGAUAGAUUCAAGAAAGUCUUGGCUGCUGCAAUGUUUUUGAGACAAAUGAUGGAAGAGACUUUCCUGUGUGUUGGAGGAGGGUGAUGGUGAAGGGAGAGUUAGUGCAGGGUUGUCCUGAGUCUAAUCCAUUAGAGCCACCAGAGGGACAAAGGGAAAAAGUAGCAUGAUGCUGGGAGAGAAUGCUGGAUCUCCAGAAGCUGCAAAAGGUGAUGUAAGCUUCAUGGGAGAUGCACCAGUCCAGGCUGGGGACCCACAGGCCCAUUGUCCCAGUAAAGAGGCUUAUAAGAACCCACCACUUUUCCCAUGAGAGAAGAGUCAGCUCUUUAAACACCUCCCAGGCUCAGAUUGGAAGAGUAAGAACUUUUUUGUAACUCUUUUCCUCCCCCUUUGCAUGGCCCAAACAGGAAGACCCUAUGGCCCUACUGUCAUGCUGGCAGAGAAAGGGUGGGGAGAGAGAGAAGCUGCCCACAGCCCAUCCCUCACGCACAAGGGGUUACCUGGAAGGAGUGAUAGCUGGUGGAGGACAAGACUGAAUGCUAAGUGAGGCUUUCAGUUGUUGGUAUUCAUGGGAUUGGGUUUUCAAAUUAGUGGAUUUAGAUUCUGUUUGUAACUGAAAUUGGUUGUGAUACAUUUAUUACUGUGGAGGUCAUGUAUCUGCUGGAGUUUUCAUCCAGUUGCAGGGGGAAAUAGAUGGAAAGGACAAGAGAAAACAAAAAUGUAGAAUUUAGCUCACAUCUAAGGACCCAUGCUUGUCCUUUAAAUCCAUUAUGUGUAUUAAUUACCCACUUGUUAUUCUUAAAUCCCACAACAGAGGGUGUGGGAUCUCCUGAAGUGAUAGGGCUGAAGAGGAGAUGGAAACAGCUAAUGAGAGCACAGGUGGGGAUUUCAUCUUAGUGGGCUUCUCUGAGCGGCCCAAGUUAGAACUGAUCCUCUCUCUCUUUGUCCUGAUGUUCUACACCAUAACUCUUGUGGGCAACGUGGCCAUAAUCCUAUUCUCUAUCCUGGAUGCUGGACUUCAUACACCCAUGUACUUCUUCCUCAGAAACCUCUCUGUGCUUGACCUCUGCUUCACCACCAGCAUUGUGCCCCAGAUGCUGGUGAACAUGUGGGGAGGUAACAAAAAGAUCAGCUAUGCUGGCUGCAUGGUCCAGUACUGGGUGGCCUUGGCACUUGGCUCCACAGAGUGUGUGCUCCUUGCGGUGAUGGCAGUUGAUCGCUAUGUUGCAGUUUGCUGGCCUCUACACUAUACCUCCAUCAUGCACCCCAGGCUGUGCCACCUCCUGGCAGCAGCUUCCUGGUCCUCUGGUUUUGCUAACUCCUUUCUCCAGUCCUCAAUGGCCAUGGUGCUGCCUCUAUGUGGAAACCGGCGUGUGGACCAUUUCUUCUGUGAACUAUUGAUCAUUGUUAAACUCUCCUGCGUUGAUACUGGCCCGACAGAAUCUAAAAUGUUUAUUGCCCGGCUAAUCAUCCUAGGCAUGCCUGUCUCCAUCAUCCUGACCACUUACGUGUGCAUCGCCAGGGCAGUAGUAAAAAUGCGCUCAGCAGAGGGAAGGAAAAAGGCCUUUAGGACCUGUGCCUCCCACCUAAUGGUAGUCUCACUCUUCUAUGGGACCAUUAUGUUUUUGUAUCUGCAGCCCAAGGACAACUACUCCCAGGACCAGAGCAAAGCACUGGCAGUGCUUUACAUGAUUCUUGCACCCACACUCAACCCUCUGGUCUACACACUGAGGAAUAAGGAUGUGAAGAAAGCAGUCAGGAGCUUGAUGGGGACGGAGCAGGUAUAGGGAGAUCAAGAGUGGGAAGAAAGGUGAGGCAGCCACUGGCGACACAACUUGUGGUGUACUUGCUUUAACUGCGCUUGUUUUAUGUUUCUGUGAGGGGGUUGGAAAAUCUGCUGUGUGCUCUUCUCUAGCUAUUCCUGGGAUCUUUACAGGGUGGGGACUCACCAGAAGGAAACCUAACCAUCCCUUAAAGGAACCUCUGGCCAAGGCAAUCUCCCCUGGCAAGUAAUUCUGUGUCCCACUGUUAAUGUUUUUCUAUUUUCAAUGCAUGGUUACUAGCUUAUUCAAAUGCCACCAAACAUACUCCUAGAUGUUCCAAUAGCAUCGAUGAUCACUCUGCUACAUUUAUUAAGCAGCAACAUGGCCAUAGACGUUUCUUCAUUUUCUCCAUCACCACUUUCACUAUACCAUCAUCAAAACAGUUGGGAAAAUGGAGGAUUUAGUCAGUAACAUACAAUGCAAUACUUGUCCAUCAUGAAUAAGUAUAUGCGGAACAAGAAAAAAGAAUAAGAAUCAAGUAGACAGAGACUACACAGUAUACCGAGGAUCCUGUUUCUUAGAAUUGAAAGGAGUACCAUGACUUCAAGGCAAGGCUUUAGGACAUGCAAAUUUUAUCUAAUUUAGUGUUUGAAUAAUAAGAAUAAACAUGUUCGCUUGCUGGAGCUAUAAGACAGUUUGUAAAUUUUAAAAUCACGCAAAAAAAAAUGAAUAAAGAGAACUGUGAGUUAAGUAGAGACAAGGCAACUGAUGUCAAUGAGAUUCUAAACAGAAUUCUCUGCUUACUUUCAUAGGAGAGAAGUGCAGAAUUAAAAAGCACUAUUUGAGUACAGAAGUGAAAGCAAAAGGAGUCAGGGGGCUUGAUUUGCACAGCUACAUCCAAUGGUUUUCACACAACAGUGAUCCGUGGUUCCAAAUCCACAUUGGCAUUAACAAGUUGCUCAGUAAUUCUGUGGCCUAAUAUGGGACCCAAGUGCAUCCUAAUUUUCUGAAGUUUGUCUCAGCAUAUAAUGACAUAUCCUUGUAAGAGGAAGUCUGCAUUAAUUAAAACAAGACUUGAGAAAAACACCCUCUCAUUUUCAGAAGAGCACAGUCUUUUCUUAUGUGGUUCUGGAUGUCAUGCUAUUAUGCCCAGCUACGAUAGACUGGAGGCAUUACUUUCUUAACUUGCUCAUCCAUGUGCUUAGAAAGGAGCCUAACACUCUGUAAAUAAUUAAUAGGCUGAAUGAAUGGAUGGACUGAAUGAAUGCAUGGAUAUGGGAAGAUGCCAAAGUUUAGAAUGCUACAUGCAACAUUUCAUUCUAUAGGAUGAGCAUUUUGUAUUGGCAAGUGACUAAAGGUGCAGAUUGAAAAUAAAAUUAUCAUAUAUAUGA